UUCUCGCUCUGUCAUCCAUUUCCUGAUCCCAACCCCUCUCACCCUCACCCCAGCACGGUUCUCUCUUCCCUCGACGAAAGAAAGGAAAGGAAAGAAGAAGAAGAGAUGAUGAAUAUUUCCAGAACACCAACUCAUCUUCCUUCCUCAUCUCAUCUCUCGUAGUCAAUCGGCCAAUCCGAAACCAAAAAAAAAAAUAAUAAUAAUAAUAAAAAGAGAGAAGAAAAAAGAAGAGGAAGAAGAAGAGUUGGGGGAUGGCGUGCCUGGUGCCGCAGUUCAAGUGCCCAUCCAUGUCCUCCGACGCCCAUUUCAGAUCACUCUCCCACCACCCCUCCCUUAACUCAAAGGCCAGAGAUUCUGUUUGUUUUCGGAGUCAAUGUGUUUCGACCCCAACUGCAGCUGUGAUUGACAUGGAGCAUAUACUUUCAUUGGAGGCUCGUUCAACCUCCUUAGCUGCUACAAGACCCCUGACAUAUGUAGGAGCCAUCGGUCCACCAACGAAGACCAAUAUGGAAGCAACCCUAGCAACAGAAGCACUUCUCACAGGUGAAGAGGCAAUUAUAGCUGCAGCGGCAGCGGAGGCAGUUGCUCUUGCUAGAACAGCAGUUGAAGCUGCCAAAGAUGCUGCUCUGACUAUUGCAAAUGAUCCAUCUGUAAAAUUGGAGAAGUCAUUGGAUUUUUCAUCUGAAGCUGAUAUCCUCCAGCUUGAGAGGUCUACUGCAACUGACACUAAGCCCCAUGAGGAACAUCUUGCCAAAGAUCCAUCUCAAGAUGUGGAUAUUUCCAAUUUAAUACAUAAUGAACUUGAACCCCAAAAAAUGCAUUACUCUGGAAGCAUAGCUGUGAGAUCUGGACGUCAAACUGAGAGAAUAGCUAGAAGAGCAAGGGCAGCAGAGAGGGCUGCUUCUAGUGUCAUCCCUGUCAAGUCUGGAUCAUCUAGCAAGAAAAAGCGCUCAGCUUUUCAGGAGAUUGAUUAUUCAGAUCCCUUGCGUUAUUUGAGGGGUACAACAAGCACAUCAAAGCUUCUCACAGCAGCUGAAGAGCUAGAGUUGUCAGAAGGAAUUCAGGACCUAUUAAAGUUAGAAAGACUCCGAGAGGAGCUUGAAGAACGAAAUGGUGCCCAACCAACCUUAGCUCAAUGGGCAGCAGCAGCUGGAGUUGAUCAAAGGACACUAAGGAAGCGCUUGAAUUAUGGGACCUUUUGCAAGGACAAAAUGAUUACAAGUAACAUACGGCUUGUUAUUUCUAUUGCAAAAAACUAUCAGGGUGCAGGAAUGAACCUCCAGGAUCUUGUUCAGGAAGGAUGCCGAGGCCUGGUAAAGGGUGCUGAAAAGUUUGAUGCUUCAAAGGGGUUUAAGUUUUCAACCUAUGCGCACUGGUGGAUCAAACAGGCAGUUCGCAGAUCUCUUUCAGAACAAUCUAGGACAAUUCGCUUGCCAUUCCAUAUGGUUGAAGCAACUUAUCGAGUACGACAGGCUGAAAAGCAGCUUUACAAUGAGAAUGGAAGGCAUCCUGAUUAUGAAGAAAUUGCGGAGGCAACAGGGCUGUCGAUGAAGAGGCUUAAUGCAGUUAUGCUAAUCCCUAAAGCCCCAAGAUCUUUAGACCAAAAGAUUGGUAUCAACCAAAGCCUAAAGCCUUCGGAAGUUAUAGCAGAUCCCAAGGCUGAAACAUCAGAAGAAAUUCUCAUAAAGCAAUUUAUGAAGCAGGAUCUGAAUAAGGUACUGAAUAGUCUAAAUCCAAGGGAAAAGCAAGUGAUCAGAUGGAGGUUUGGACUGGAGGAUGGGAUGACAAAAACACUGCAAGAGAUUGGAGAGUUGAUGGGUGUGAGCAGAGAAAGGAUUCGGCAGAUCGAAUCCAAUGCCUUUAGAAAAUUGAAGAGCAAGAAGAGAACAAAGAAUCUGCAGCAAUAUGUAAACUCAUAAGGUUUCAUUCAGCCCCCAAAUUCUCAGCUGCCUAGUUCUUUUCUUUUCAGCUAGCCAUUGAAAUAUACAUAUUCCAUUCCACCAAAUUUUGUAUGUACAAUACUUCAAAGAUUUUGAUCAUGUACAAUCUGUUGUGCAGAGAACUGUAAUUCUUUUCAGAAUUUUCAACAGUUAAUAAUGAUUCACCGAUUUCAAAGGUCAAAAGUACCUUUU